AUGGACGGUGACCAGGCCGAACUCGAGGAUUGCCGCCAGAGGCAGGACGACGAGAUCAUCGCCCUAGAGUCCAUCUUCGCCAAUGCCGACCACAGCGGGACAGACCAGAACGAUGGCCAUCCAGACCAGCCUAGCGUCAAGCUCUUCCAGAAAGAGCCUCAUCCUGUGCUCGACUUUUAUCUCCCGGUCACCCUCCCCGAGCCGACCCGUAUAGCCGUGCAUACGUAUGUCCAGCAUAGCGAAGCUUCACAAAUACCGCCAUCUUCUUCCACCAUCGAAGCAGAUGAGACGCCAAAAGCUCGCUCCAACACGCCCAAGGGCCGCAGCAACGGCCACCUCAGUGCCACAGCAAGCACCUUUCAACCGCGUCCUGACGUCACAGAUAAGCAAGACGAAGCAUCGCACAUGCUCGAACGUCUCACUCUAAAGCCGGAUAUUAUCAAAAGAUCGGCGCCACCGCAGCCCGUACUCCGUUCGUCACGCAUCCUUCCGCCCAUCACCCACCUCGCCCCCAUAACCAUGCGAGUCGAGCUUCCGCCUACCUACCCCUCCCACCAACCACCCAUCAUCAAGCACAUUGCCGCCCCAUGGCUUCCCGACGAUGCAAGCGAAAAACAGGCACGCGAGUGGAUUCUUGGCCAGCUAGACGAGCAGUACCACGAGUCCAGCGGCAUCGAAGUGCUCUACAUCUGGGCGACCUUUCUAGCCGAAAGUCUCUGGUCGCAGCUUCUUGAAGAUGCAUCCCCUUCCUCCGCACCAUUAUUCCUGCGAAGUCCUCCCAAUACCGCCGAAUCCGACACAGAGACCGACUCGGAUACAGUGAAAUUGCACUUUCGAGAGUUUCUUCCGACGCCAGAAGCUCCGUCAUGUCUCGCAUCACAGCUCGUGGCGCACUCGCGCCUCUGCACACGCACUGCCUUUGACGCCUCUUCCUUCGACUGCGCCAUCUGCCUCGAGACGCGCAAGGGCCGAGCGUGCACCCGGCUUUCAGGCUGCUCGCACGUCUUUUGCUCCGAGUGCCUCGCAGGCUACCUUACCAGCCUCGUCGACGACGGCUUUCACCGCCAGGCAAAACGCUGCCCAGAUCCCGAAUGCGUCGCGCUGUGGAGCCAGCGUGAAAAGCAGAAUCUUGUCGACCAGGAAGGAAACCUCAUCGUCAAACCGGCGUCCAAGCAGCAAAAGUCGAGUCUCACCAAGCCGAGCCACUCUCCGUCUUCCGCCGACACAACCGUCGUUGUGGGGCAGCUGACACGUUCCGAGCUUGCGGAUGUUCUUGGCGCAGCGCGUCUCCAGCGUCUGGACGAGCUCACGGUCAAGGCCAAGAUGGAGGCGGAUCCGUCCGUAUCCUACUGUCCGCGCUCCAACUGUCAAGCUGCGGUGGUGCGUUUGUCGUCGGACGAGAAUUCGGGUCACUGGGAACGCUUUCGCGAGUGUUUGUCGUGUGGCUUUGCAUUCUGUGCGUGGUGUUCGCGCUCAUGGCACGGUCCGACUUCGUGCCCCGUCUCGUUUCAGUCCGAACUCAUUCGGCGCUACCUUUCGCUGUCGCACUCGUCGCCCGACCGCGCGCGCAUGGAGCAAAAGUUCGGUCGCAAGACGCUCGAGACCAUGGUUCGCAAGUACGAAGAAGAGCAGCAGACGCAGCAGUGGCUCAGCAACUACACCACCCCGUGUCCGACAUGCGGGAUUGCGAUUGAAAAGUCGUACGGAUGCAACCAUAUGACGUGCAAGUCGUGUCAGACGCACUACUGCUAUCUGUGCGGCAAGGCGAUUUCAGCCCAGAAUCCGUACCAGCACUUCAAUACGCCCGGACGCGAGUGCUACCACCGCCUCUUUGACGGCUUACUCGGUGAUCAAGCUCCACAGGCACAAGAUGGAGUGCAGCAAGAGCAGGCUCAGGGGAACGAGCAAGGGGGAGGCGCAAGACAUGACGGUCGUAUGCGGUUCGCGCUACUGCUCGACGAGAAUGGCAUCCCCAUCCAUCUCGAGCCCGAGGACGAGGAGCUGGGCAACUUUGACUUUCUCGACUGGCAGCAGCCCGCAUGA